AUGGGUUCAAAACCCAGCGAGCAGCAGGCUCUUCUUCCCAGCGUAUCAGAGAACAACACUUACUCUACAUCGCGGUCCUCCUCCUAUCAAUCGAUAACAACCCUAAACGACGAUUACGACAGCGACACUCUUCAGGAUGACAAGGCGAAAAGGGACUUGUUCAUGGCACGAUUUCUAGCCGACUUCACAUUGGGGUUCUCUGAUGGAUUGACGGUACCUUUUGCGCUGACAGCCGGGCUCAGCUCCUUGGGCACAGCGCAAACUGUCAUCUAUGCAGGCUUCGCAGAGCUGUGCGCUGGCAGCAUCAGCAUGGGUAUUGGUGGUUAUCUAUCUGCCUUGGAUGAUGUUCGAGCAAACGCUCGUUGCCAAAACAUCGAGAACAAAAGGUCGUUGGAGGGAGACAAGGACGAUGUCGAAGAAGCACGCGUUUUACGGUAUCACGCCGAAGACGACGCGACCGAAACCGGCUCCAACCUUAGCGAGGACAACACGAACCGUGACGCUUCCGAAGAUAUGGUCCGCCAUCAUCUCAAUCCCCUAAAUCUCCCCCCUCACAUGGUGUCUGAAAUUCUCUCUGCCAUCGCCAGCCGACAGAAAGGUUUGGAGAUUACUGCACUGGCGUUAAAACCCAAGGAAAAAGUCGAUCGCAUCCAGAGCGCUAUCUGGCCCAUCAUGUCUGGCAUCUCAAUCUCUCUCGGAUAUGUGAUCGGCGGUUUGAUUCCUCUUCUGCCGUAUUUUUUCACCUCAACUGUAGGCGCUGGCUUGUGCUGGAGCACUGGCUUUUGCUUGGUGGCCUUGUUCGGAUUUGGAUUUGGCAAGUGCUGGAUGCUGAGUGAAGAGAAAUCAUACUGGCGACAAAGCCUGUGGGAGGGGUUCAGGAUGCUGGUUCUCGGCAGUCUUGCCGCCGUUGCAUCUGUGCUAUGCAUCAAAUUACUUGAGACGAGCACUGGAGGGGUGCCUUGA